AUGGUCAGCUCUAACAAUGCAGGACAACCGUCCAACAGCCACGAUCGGGACGACAACGGUAUCCUCUUCCAGACAUUCGAAUGGCAUACACCCUCUGAGCCACCUCCACCACGGGAGACAUACUCUACAAAAUCUCACUACGGCCGUCUAAAUCGUCUCUUGCCAGGUCUAGCUGCCGUAGGAGUGACCCGUGUCUGGCUGCCACCUGGCUGCAAGGCAAAUAGUCCGGGAGGCAAUGGCUACGACUGCUACGAUCUAUGGGAUCUGGGUGAGUUUGAUCAGAAAUAUGCCAGGAGUGUGAAAUGGGGCAGUAGAGAAGAGUUGAGGAAUUUGAUGGACACCGCGAAGAGGGAAGGUAUUGAAUGUAUCUGGGAUGCUGUACUGAAUCACAAGACUGCGGGAGAUAGGACGGAGGAUACUUGGGCUGUCGAGUCGGACAAGGAAGGUGUGCUACGUGAGAAUACUGGAACAUGUGAAAUAUGUCCACCAAGAAAGAUUGAAGCAUGGCUACGGUACGACUUUCCUGGACGAGAACGAGAAGGCAUGAAAUACAGUGGCAUGAAAUGGCGAGCAGAGCAUUUCAACGGCACAGACUGGGACCAACGAGGGCAAAAGAACGCCAUAUACAAGCUCAUCGACGACCCAGCCAAGUACCCGAAGCCAUCACAGCAGCAGUCAGGCAACAAAACUGUUCAAUUUGGCAUGAAUCGUCUCGCACGAUUCGCUAACAAGUUCCGAGCUGAGGCUCCACCAAGACGGCCCGGCAAAGAUUGGGCGCAGGAUGUGGACGACGAGCAUGGCAACUAUGACUAUCUCAUGUUCUCCAAUAUUGACCACUCGCAUCCUGAGGUCAAACAAGAUCUCAUGAACUGGGGUCGAUGGAUGCUGGAAAGCACUGGUAUCAGCGGCUUCAGGCUAGAUGCUGUGCAGCACUUCUCCUACAAUUUCACCAAAGAAUGGACAGCACGAGUACAUGAAGUCAGUCAAGGAAAGAAUGGCAAGGACGCUUUUGUUGUCGGCGAGAUCUGGACUGGUGAAGUGCACAGAAUCACGAAAUGGCUCGAUGUAGUUAGCCAAGGCGCUUGCGCAUAUGAUUCGCCACUACUUUAUAACUUCUCGCGCAUAUCGGAGGAUGUACGAAAAGGCAGCAAGAACGCUGAUCUGCGGACUAUCAUCCGCGACAGCCUGCUGGAGAUUCGACCGGAUGUCGCUGUCACUCUUGUCACGAAUCAUGACACUCAGCCCGGUCAGACGUCGUUCACAUCGAUGCUACCAGAGACGAAAGCGCUGUGGUAUGCUUUCAUCCUCCUACGACAAGAAGGCUACCCUUGUGUCUUCUGGGGCGAUCUGUACGGCACUCGUGGACCGAAAGCUGAACCUCCAGCGUGUACAGUGCCAGAUGGCAAGGGCGGCAGACGUAGCUUGUUGCCUAACCUGAUGAUGUGCAGGCGUUUGUUCGCGUACGGUGAGCAAAUCGACUACUGGGACGCCAUGUCUUGCAUUGCUUGGACACGAGCUGGGUCACCAGACAAGCCUGGAAGUGGAUGUGUCGCCCUACUGUCCAUUGGCGAUGCCAAGGAGAAAGUGGAAGCCGACAACUGGACUGGGAAGAGUAUAUCAUUCGGCCAACCUGGCGAUUUAUAUGUGGACGUGCUGAGGAUAGCGGAGCAGCGAGCAGAUGUCAAGAUCGACGAGAAGGGUACUGGCUUCUUUCCAUGCAGAGGCAUGAGCGCUAGUGUGUAUAUCAGGAAGGAUGCACAAGGGCUGGAACAACUUCCCAUGCCCUUUAAUCUGGAUGCAUAUGCGCUGUGA